AUGACCUCCGCCGCGAAGGAGGAAGCCUCAGAGGCUCCGACUGGAGACGUAGGUGAGGCAAAACAGGAGGACGCAGAGGAAGCCAGUGAAGAGGAUGUGCAGGCAGAGGCUUCAACCAGCGCUCUGCAAACUGUUCAGAUCAUGGACGGCAGCCCAAAGGAGAUCGACUCGCUGGCUGCAGUAUCCUUCCCAGAUGAAGCAGCGCUUCAACUGAUCAAGGUCAAGGUCUCCCCGCCCGAGGCGGGGGAGGUGCGAGUGCGCCAGGUGGCUGCUAUACCUUCCCGAGUAGAUGUGGUGGCAGAGAAGGAGAAGCCAUACCCACGAAUCCUGGGCAUAGAGUCUUCCGCCAUCGUGGAAGAUGUAGGUGAGGGAGUGGUCGAGUUUCAGCCCGGUGACCAUGUCAUUCCAUGCUACCAAGCACAUUGCGGGGAAUGCGCCGGCUGCAGAAUACCGGAGUCCAACUUCUGUGAAUCCGUUCAUCACUCCACGAGCCGUGGUGUGAUGGCGACCGAUGGCCGGUCGCGGUUUUCCUAUGGCAGCACCGAUAUUUAUCACUUUAAGGGCACCAGUGCCUUUUCGGAGUACAGCGUAGUCCACGCGCACUCCCUCAUCAAGGUGCGGAAGGAUGCUCCCCUGGUCAAUUUGGGCCUGCUUGGGGGCGGGGUGGCCGCAGCCCUUGGAGCCGUUUGGAACAUUGCUUGUGUACAGCGGGGCGCUUCCGCUGUCGUCUUUGGGGCGCAGGCUGAAGGCCUGGCCGUGAUUGCUGCGCUUGUGAAAGCCGGAGCUGGAAAGAUUGUGGUGGUGGAUCCAUAUCCUUCAAGGCUCGACCUUGCCAAGAGAUGGGGCGCAACCACCCUCUUGAACCCUUAUUCAUUGUCGGAGGGUGUCAGCAUCAAGGAUGAGAUCUUGAAGCACACAGGCUCCGGCGCCGACUUUGCCUUCGACUGCAGAGGGGAUAUGGAGCUUGCACCAUCAGUUUUAGAGGCCGUUUGCGACUGGGGCAAGUGCGUGACCGUUGGCACUCCGAAUGGUCCAGAUGUUCUCCUCCGGUCUCCCUGGCCUCCACCAGGGGGUCUGAUCAGCGCCACAUUUGGAGGUUGGCGCUCAAAGCCGCAGAUCCCUUUGCUGGUGGACCUCUACAUGGCCGGAGAGUUGAAGGUGGAUGAGUACAUCACGCAUGAAGAGCCUUUCGAGCACAUAAAUGCUGUGCUGAACAAUAUCGAUGACACGGCGCGGGUGCGAACCGUUCUUAGGUUCUGA